AUGAACUACGCUAAUAUGAUCGAGGAGAAAAACCUCAAAAAAACCUUCAUCAUAGCGACCCUGUGUUCAACACUCGUUGGCACCUUUACCUCGUCCAUCGGCCUCUGGGACCGCGUGGCGGACAAGCGGAAGCAGAAGAAGAGGGACACGAAGCAGGAUGGCGAGAUUGCCCAGCUGAAAUCCCAAAUCGAGCAGGCAGAGAAGCGCAGCAAGGAAGCCGAAGACCGGAUGAGAGACCGCGAUCGGGGCACAGACGAUGUCGGCUACGCCCUCCAACGAUCCGGCGCUGCCAUCAGCAAAGAGUUCGACGACGGCUAUGCACGCCUAGGCCGCAGGUUCGCUGUCGGCGACGCGGCCACGGAGAACAAGCUGCAAGCCCAGGUCAUUGCGCUGCAGCAGACCGUCAUAAACGUCCUCCAGGAUGCACUGUACAGCGGCCGGCAGCUCGACCGGGUGGACAUGGCCAAGCUCAUCGCUGCCUCCAACGCCGCCCGCGACGGCUCGCUCGACGCCCUCCGCCAGCAGCGUGAUCGGCAACUGCUAGCGCUCGAAGCGCCGCCGCCGCCGCAAGCCCUUCUACCACCGAAACGGUCCUCGACGGUCUUGGAAACCGAACCGCUUUACUGCAGGUACGCGUUGGAUCUACAGUACAUCAGAAACAAACCCCUUGCAGCGAAUUUCGCCCCUGGCGGCAGCUGCAGAUGCCCCGAUUGUGGCGUACGGUUGGAUGUAGAGUCGGACGACUUCUGGGUCAUUGACAAGCGUGCGCCUCGCCUCAUUGCCGACGGGAGGUACGAGAGGGAAGUCAUCGAGGAGCGUGAGUUCCACCUCGGCCAGCGCUUCGUCGUCAAAUGCCACACGCCCGAUGGUGAGUACGCCUGUGUCAUCUGCAGCAGGCAUCGGGAACGAGAUGCUAUCUGUCCCUCUGUUUCGUCGCUCAUCAACCACGUUGGACGGUUUCAUGAUAUGAAGGAACUCGAGAGCGAGGUUGACAUUGAGCCGAGGUCGAAGGCGAGUCCAGGAGCGCGACUUCUGGCGCUCCCGGCCCCUCCGCCGAAGCAGCGAGCUCUAGAGUAUAACCCGCCUGUCCGUCAACAGGACGAUUUCGACUACAAGUCGAACAGCGGCGGUGGAAUCGCUUCGGCCAGAGCUUCCAACUACUCAUGA